AUGUUCAAGAUGUUUCUGCUGAGUGUAUCCAUAAUUUUCCUCAUGGACACAGGAGAAAGAGUGGUGACAGGAAGAUUGAUUAAAUAUUGCAAUCUAUGUAGUCAUCAUGAUGGAUUCAAGUGCCGCACUGGCAUGAAAAAAUGCUGGAAGUUUGACGUAUUUUCAAAAAACAGGACUUGUGCAACAGAAAACUUUUAUUUUUAUAACCGUAUCUCAGGGAUGUACCUUUAUCGCUAUUCAAAACUUUCCUGUAAACCUUGUGCAACUGGAAUGUAUCAGGUAUUCCAUGACCUCUUGAGAGAAACAUUUUGCUGUACUGAUAAGAGCUUCUGUAAUGAUGGCACCGCUAAUUCAGAUGUCUCAACAUUACUUCUCGAGACUCAGAAGGAGGUGGACAAGAAAUUGUUGAAUGACUGA